CAAGUUAGACGUGUCCUCCGCAUCUCCGUUUUGUGUGAAAACUUCUACUCUCUCUCUUUCCAAAACUCCAGUUGAAUAGGUUCUGUGUAUUUUGGCAAAAGUUUGCAGAAAGAGAGGGCAAAUCUGUGAGCAAAGAACGAUGACAGAGGCCUUCAUAAGGAACAAGCCAGGAAUGGCGAGUGUCAAGGACAUGCCACUUCUCCAAGACGGUCCUCCUCCAGGCGGUUUUGCGCCGGUCAGGUACGCACGGAGGAUCCCGUCCAAAGGACCCAGCGCCGUCGCCAUAUUCCUCACUACUUUCGGCAUUUUCUCUUGGGGUAUGUAUCAGGUCGGCAAGGGCAACAAAAUCCGUAGGGCAAUAAAGGAGGAAAAGUAUGCUGCCCGAAGGGCAAUUUUGCCCAUGCUACAGGCAGAAGAGGAUGAAAGAUUUGUGAAAGAAUGGAGGAAAUAUUUAGAAGAAGAGGCGAGGAUAAUGAAAGAUGUGCCAGGGUGGAAAGUUGGUGAGAGUGUUUAUAACUCUGGAAGAUGGAUGCCUCCUGCAACCGGUGAACUUCGCCCUGAGGUCUGGUAAUCAACCUAAAAAUCAUGCUCUUAUCAUAAGGGGAAAUAAAAUCCGAUGUAUUUGUGAUUUUUUUGCUACUUUUGAAUAUUAGGUCAAGAUUUGACCUUCUUUUGUUGUGACACCAGAAAGUUACUUGCUAUAUAUGCCUAUAUCUAGUGUAUUGGUAUUUGGCAAUUUGACUAUGGCCCUAUGCUAUAUGAUAAGAUAAAUUGUUGGUGUUAUUUUUUCCUUCAAUUAAUUGAAUUGUUAUUAUUA